GCACCGCUGCUGUGUUUUCCGUUGACUGUCCGACUGUGGGCGCUUUUCGGCGGGUUCCGUUAAAAUGGCGCUGUUGUUGCCAGGAGCUCAAGCCCAUCGAAUGGAAAGCGACAGCGGUUAAAAAAAAAACACCGUUAACCGUUUCUGCCCGCACCGGAGGCGACAGAUAAGCGCACAAUGGCGACGCUUGAUCAGAAAUCCCCUAACGUGCUUCUGCAGAGCCUGUGCUGUAAGAUCACGGGCAAGAGCGAAGCUGACGUAGCCCAUCAGUUCCAGUACGCUGUGCGGGUCAUUGGAAGUAAUUACGCUCCCACAAUUGAACGGGACGAGUUUUUGGUGUCUGAGAAAAUUAAGAAAGAAUUGUUGAAACAAAGGCGGGAAGCAGAUGCAGCCCUUUUCUCUGAGUUGCACAGAAAGCUUCAGACCCAGGGUGUAUUGAAACACAGAUGGUCCAUCUUAUACCUCCUGCUCAGCCUCUGUGAGGACCCAAGGAAACCAUCCGGCCGGGUUCCUGUGUGUAGUUAUGGAGCUCUGCUUGCUCAGGCUUUGCCCCGUGAUGUUCACUCCACACCGUUCUACUAUGCCCGUCCUCAGAGUCUCCCACUCAGCUACCCAGAGCGCUCCGCCACAGCUCAUAACUCCAGCAUGGCUACCAGUGGAAUCAGCAGUAUGGGGGUGUUUUCUAUUAAUGGGCCUGGACCGACCCCACCAUCUUUGCUUACUGGAGCUGGAACUCAGGCUGUUGGAGAGUCUAUGAGAGGGUCUCGUUUAGCCUGGACUCUGCCAGUGUCCAGUUCUCCGUCUGGGGCAGCAGCUGCUCCUCGUCCCCCCAGCGGACCCUCCUCCAGUCCAGCUCCCAAACCACUGCAAAGACCCAGGCGGGACGGAGAUGGCAGUGCUGAUAUUGGGGAAGCUGCUCUCGUCCGAGACAUUCUUUAUGUUUUCCAGGGAAUCGACGGAAAGUUCAUCAAGAUGUGCAGCCCGGAAAACUGCUACAAAAUUGAUUCAAAGGUGCCACUGUGUAAGUCUUUGAGAGACACUAGCAGCAGGCUGGCCGAGCUCGGCUGGCUCCACAAUAAAAUUAGAAAAUAUACAGACUCACACAGCUUGGAUCGAGCCUUUGGUCUUGUUGGGCAGAGUUUUUGUGCUGCUCUGCAUCAGGAACUGAAAGAGUACUACAGAUUGCUCUCUGUACUUCAUGCACAGCUCCAGGUGGAGGACGAUCAGGGUGUAAAUAUGAGUGUUGACAGCAGUUUGACUCUGAGGAGACUUCUGGUGUGGACCUACGACCCCAAGGUUCGACUAAAAACACUGGCCGCCCUGGUGGACUACUGCCAAGGGCGUAAGGGUGGAGAGUUGGCCACUGCUGUACAUGCGUAUGGAAAGACGGGUGACCCCAACAUGAGAGCACUGAUCCAGCACAUCCUUGGUCUGGUGUCUCAUCCGAUUCUCAACUUCUUAUACCGCUGGAUUUAUGAUGGAGAGCUGGAGGAUACGUACCAUGAGUUUUUUGUAGCCUCGGACCCAACAGUGAAGACGGACAGACUCUGGCAUGACAAAUACUCUCUAAGGAAGAGUAUGAUCCCAUCCUUCAUCACCAUGGACCAGGCCAGGAAGGUUCUUCUUAUUGGCAAAUCCAUCAACUUCCUGCAUCAGGUUUGUCAUGACCGGACACCACCGGGAAAGAUCAUGCCUGCCUCCAAAUCUAAAGACUCUCCCAAAGAUGCUGCAGAGUUGUUCACUGAUCUGGAAGGGACCUUUCAGAGUAAGAUUGAUGCUGCGUAUUUUGAGACCAGUAAGUAUCUUCUAGACGUGCUGAAUAAGAACUACCAGCUUCUGGAGCAUCUUCAGGCCAUGAGGAGAUACCUGCUGCUGGGCCAGGGAGACUUUAUCCGGCACCUCAUGGACCUCCUUAAGCCAGAGUUAGCCAGGCCUGCCACCACUCUUUACCAGCACAAUCUAACCGGAAUACUUGAGACGGCCGUCAGAGCAACCAAUGCCCAAUUUGACAGCCCUGAGAUACUGAAGAGGCUUGAUGUCCGGCUGCUGGAGGUUUCUCCUGGAGACACUGGCUGGGACGUCUUCAGUUUGGACUAUCAUGUUGAAGGACCCAUUGCCACAGUGUUCACCCGUGAGUGUAUGAGCCACUACUUGCGUGUCUUCAACUUCCUGUGGAGGGCUAAAAGAAUGGAGUACAUCCUCACAGACAUCUGGAAGGGUCAGAUGUGUAACGCCAAGCUGCUGAAGAGCAUGCCGGAGCUUUCUGGUGUGCUGCACCAGUGUCACGUUCUUGCUUCUGAAAUGGUUCACUUCAUUCAUCAGAUGCAGUAUUACAUCACAUUUGAGGUGUUGGAAUGCUCUUGGGAUGAGUUGUGGAAUAAAGUCCAGCAGGCUCAGGAUCUGGAUCACAUUAUAGCAGCUCAUGACGUUUUCCUGGACACCAUCAUUUCUCGCUGCCUGCUGGAUGUGAACAACCGGUCUCUGUUGAAUCAGUUGCGCGCAGUGUUUGAUCAGAUCAUCGAGUUCCAGAAUGCUCAGGACACACUGUACCGCUCUGCUCUAGAAGAACUGCAGCUACGCAUACAAUUCGAGGACAAGAAGAGACAGAGAGAAGAGAUGGCCGAGUGGGGUGUAACAGCAGAGCAGGAGGCCGAGGAGAACAGACGCGUGCAGGAGUUUAAAGACACCAUACCAAAAAUGUGCUCUCAGCUCCGAUUGCUCACACACUUCUAUCAGGGCAUAGUGCAGGAGUUCCUGCGGCUGCUAAUGACCUGCUCUGACGAGAGUCUCCAGUUCCUCAGUUUUCGUCUGGAUUUCAAUGAACAUUACAAGGCCCGUGACCCCCGCCUGCGGCCCUCGCUCGGGGCCACCAGAGGCAGACGGAGCUCCAACAUCUGACCCUGCGAAUGUCAACAUCACGUGCGCUCGCUGUCUAAAAAGACUGUUUAUUGUUAGGGCUACUCAGAACUCGUCUGGCGCUCUGUAAUGAACCCAUAUAACAGGGAAAUCCUUUCUAGAAUAUCCUAUUGCAGUGUCAUCGACAAAUGAGUUCAGUCACUUGACUAUCUAGUGGUUUUUACCGUGUGACUCAGUAGCACAAGGUCACAAGUCUGUUUAUUUUCGGUUGAUGUAGUUAAUGUGUGAAUACUAGUUUUUUUUCUUUGGUUUUUGUACAAAUCUUUGUUUUUGAUAAUAUUUAAGUCCACGUUUACAUACUUUUUUGGAGUUGUUUUCUUCUUGUGCCCUUUUGUUACGCAUCUUAAAAUCUUCAUAAGACAAAUCCGACUGUGUUUAUGGUUCUGGAUGACUAUCGAAUGAACCUUUUUCAUGAUUAUAAAUAUAAAAAUAUAUUAUGUUUGUAAUUAUACAGGCUGUGACCUUUGUGUAAAAAAAAAAAAGAACAAGAAACCGUAAAGCAGUUGUUUAAUUUAUAUGAAUGGACCUGUUCAGUUACAUGCACUUACAGUAAAUGAACUACUUUGACCUCUGUAAAAACAAAAAAUCAUUUCAUACGUGUACAAAAAUUACAAUUACCCACAAUGCUGUGUGAUCUUCUCAAGCCUCAGGUUGAUACUGCGAGGAUGAAGUUGUUGUUUUGAAGUAUUGGGUCAUUAUGGGCAAUAUGAAUAGAUUGCUGUUGUAAUGUUUUUCCCCUUUGUCUUUCUCUCAUGUUCAUGAACUGUAUUGAUGGAAGUGGCUUUGGUGAAGCUGGCAAAGAUGAAAAAAGUCCCCCUUUAUAUGGAGAUUGAUAACGAGUUUUGUCCUCGGAUGAAGUGGAGAAGACUUUUUUGUCCAUAUUUUAAUGUGUGGCAGGGGUUUGAGGCUGAAGCAGACUGAAAUGAUCGUUCAUUGAUGGAUUAAGCGCUUUCUGCACUGUAACACACGUCUACAAAGCAGAAUUCAGAAUCCAACAUCCUGUCUUUCUUUUCUUGAAUGAAUAAACUUUUUUAUAAUAUAUAUAAAA